CUUUAGUUCUCUCCUUAUUUAACAUAUUUCUCCCUUCAUUUUCCCACAGAAUCCUUUCCUUUCAUUUGCUCUUCAUAUUUUUCUCUUCAACUACACUCUCAAAUAUCAAAUUUCUUUCUCUCUUCGAUCCACUUCUCCUCUGCUUAUCUCUCUUAUCCACUUCUUCCAUUUUAACUCUUCAGACGCCGCAGAAGAAAUCUUAGUUCCUUCUGUUGCUUUUCUUUCAAGCAAUCUAAGUCUCUGUUUGAACGUAGACGCCGGCGGAGACGUUUAGAGGUUUUGAUCGUAUUGUAUCUGCUCGAUUUGCACAGGUAGUAGAGUCGAAACGUGGGCGUUUUUGGAUCUUUUGUUACUGAGAAAGAGGGAGAGUAAGUGUUUGGCAGAGAGCUAGCCUGCGGGUGAUUUUUCUUCUUGUGGAAAAAUGCCUCACAGAACGACUUACUUCUUCCCUAGGCAAUUUCCAGAUCGGUCUGGAUUAGAUUCUUCGUCGAAGCAGCUGUUGGAUCAGGAGAAGAAGAAGUUGAGCAAAGAUACUUUUGAUGUCGAAAAUGACCACGAAAAUGACUCUUAUACAGUUGGCAAGAUCACAUCGUCAACUCCAACUACGACUUCAAUUACACCUACUCCUGUAUCCGAUCUUUUCACGAGCAGUGAUGACGAGAAGUACCAUCAAAAGAAGAAUCAGUUGGGCGAUAAUGAUAAGUUUCAAAAGAAGAAGAAGCAACUUGCCGCCUUCUAUGAUUGGCUCGCCGAGAAAAAGGCUGACAGAUUGGCUUCUCAUGUCAAGUUGCAUAGAUUAUCGUCUGAUGACGAGGAUCGCCCACUCUUGAUUGCUCCGGAACCUCCAGCUCCCGAGCCGGAGGUGAUUUCGGAGAUUAUUGAGGAGAGGGAUGUUGACCGCAACUUUGACCGACAGGUGUCCUUGCCGAGACUGUCGAGUGGGAGUAGCUAUGCGUGUAGCUUGUUCUCGGGGACUACAUUGGACGGGAACUUUUUGAGCGAUGUCAAGGACUCUGUGACGACGAUCACAUCCACCACGAGGCAUGAUGUGGUGCAGGAGGAGGAGGUGGUGGUGAAGGUGGAAGUGGAGGAGGAAGAGAAGAAUGAUGAGAAGGUGGCACAGAGGACGAGAGAAAUUUACCAUUUGCAGCUUGCUUUAGCUAAGAGGCUUAGCUUCCAAUCUGGCCUUGCUAGUGAGUUUCUGCUUUUACAGGAGGGCGGGCCUGACUCCUUCGAUGCAGAAAGUGUAUCUUAUCGCCUUUGGGUUAGUGGAUGCCUAUCGUACAGUGACAGAAUAUCAGAUGGAUUCUAUAACAUUCUUGGUAUGAAUCCGUAUCUUUGGGUCAUGUGCAACGAUGCAGAGGAAGGAAGACGGCUGCCGCCUUUGAUGUCCCUUAGAGAAAUUGAUCCCAGUGAGACAUCAAUGGAGGUGGUUCUCGUCGAUGGGCGUGGCGACUCACGCCUUAAGGAGUUAGAGGAUAAAGCUCAAGAAAUCUAUUGUGCCUCGGAAAAUACGUUGGUGUUAGUAGAGAAACUGGGAAAACUGGUCGCUAUUUGCAUGGGGGGAACUUUCCCGGCGGAGCAAGGUGAGCUUCACAAACGCUGGAAAAUUGUUAGCAGGAGAUUGAGGGACUUCCAUAAAUGUAUUGUUCUUCCCAUUGGCAGCCUGUCCAUGGGACUUUGCAGGCAUCGUGCAAUUCUAUUCAAGAAAUUGGCAGAUUACAUAGGUUUGCCAUGUCGGAUAGCUCGAGGCUGCAAGUAUUGUGUAGCAGAUCACAGGUCUUCUUGCCUUGUCAAAAUUGAGGACGACAGACAAUUGUCAAGCAGGGAAUAUGUGGUUGAUUUAGUUGGGCAGCCAGGAAAUGUUCAUGGUCCAGAUUCCACCAUCAAUGGAGGGUUUAUAUCUUCAAUCCCAUCACCAUUUCAAAUUUCUCGUCUGAAAGAGUUUCAACAUGCUUACAUGGAUAACACAUCUUGUCAGAAUCCAGGUUCAAAGCAUUCACAUGCUUUGACAGAAAAUCCUCUAUCUUCAGCUCUUGCAGGCAGGGAAGGAGGGGGCCAACAAACAAGGGGGAAUGUCAAGUUUUCCUCCUAUGUUCCAGUCAAUCAAUCCCCUCUUAAAAAUGAGUCGUCUCUGGUUCCUCUGGAUUUAACAAGGAAUUUGGAACCUCUUGAUGUCAGAGGGCAAUCUGUGCUAGAAUUUUCUAACCUAGAACUUCAAGCAGAUGAAGUUGUAAUACAACAAACUUACAAAAAACAGAUUGUGGUGCCUGGAAAUCCAAUUAUUGACAAUGUUGGCAAGCAAACUGAAGUGAACUUUUCCAGUCAGUCGGAUGUGAUGGAGGUGGAUAGUAGGCUUCACAAGAAAGGAAGAUUACCUGCUGCAACUGUCCCAAGAUAUUUGAAUCUUGAACCUUCACUUGCAAUGGACUGGCUUGAGAUCUCAUGGGAAGAAUUACAUAUCAAGGAACGUGUUGGUGCUGGUUCCUUUGGGACGGUGCAUCGUGCUGAAUGGCAUGGUUCGGAUGUUGCAGUCAAGGUUUUAACUGUUCAAGAUUUUCACGAUGAUCAGUUGAGGGAGUUUUUAAGAGAGGUUGCUAUAAUGAAACGUGUCCGUCAUCCAAAUGUGGUUCUCUUCAUGGGUGCGGUUACAAAGCGUCCUCAUCUAUCAAUUGUGACAGAGUACCUGCCUCGGGGUAGUCUAUAUCGCUUAAUACACAGGCCUGCUGCAGGGGAAAUACUGGAUCAGAGACGGCGGUUACGAAUGGCACUGGAUGUGGCAAAGGGCAUCAAUUAUCUUCACUGUCUGAACCCUCCUAUUGUUCACUGGGAUCUUAAGUCUCCAAAUUUGCUAGUUGAUAAAAAUUGGACAGUAAAGGUGUGUGACUUUGGGUUGUCUAGAUUUAAAGCAAACACGUUCAUUUCAUCAAAAUCAGUAGCUGGAACUCCUGAGUGGAUGGCCCCAGAAUUCCUUCGUGGGGAGCCCUCAAAUGAGAAAUCUGAUGUAUAUAGUUUUGGUGUUAUCUUAUGGGAGUUGGUCACCAUGCAACAGCCUUGGAAUGGACUUGGUCCUGCACAGGUGGUUGGAGCUGUAGCUUUCCAAAAUAGAAGGCUUGCCAUACCUCCGACUACUUCCCCCGUGUUGGUUGCUCUUAUGGAAUCUUGCUGGGCCGAUGAUCCAGCUCAACGCCCAUCCUUUGGCAAUAUAGUCGAUACAUUGAAGAAGUUGCUGAAGUCUCCACUGAAGUUGAUACAGAUGGGGGGGAGAAUAGAGAGUAGUUCCUGAAAAGCCACUUACAAGUGUUGAGUGGAGUAGAGUAUACUGGGAGCCCUUGGAACAAGAUUCCAGAUAUGGUAGCCUACAACUAGUAAUGGUAAGCCUCUAUGGUUAUGUAACCACUAACAGACAAACCUUUUUGAAUCCUGGCAACUGUAGAUUUGUUACUCAUCUAACUGAUUGGAAGACAACUGAGAACUCAUGGAAGUGGAACCUGCAGUUUAGAAAGUGCAGGGGGUUGUUCCUUCUGUAUUUGUAUAGGUAUGAGUAGCGCCUCUCGUAAGUUAAAAUUUGUGGAUUGCGGAUCCGGGUUGUCAUAGAACAUCAUGUAUUUUGUAACUAAAACUGCAAUUCUGGGCUGUAUUGAGGUCUCCUCGCCUGUUCAUACAGUUGCAGGAUUAUGUAAUAAUACGAAACCAAAUUCCUUGCGGUA